AAAUAAUUUAGUUUACUAACACCUGACCUUUCUCGAUCAUACUUUGUUUUAGUGUGAAAAACACUAAAUUUCCGUUUUAGUUAUUUGAGUCAUUUAACGUGAAAUUUUUAGAGUAUUUAUUUAUAUCCAUAUUAGCUUUUUUAUUUCGUAUCUGAAUAUUUUACAGGUAUUGAUAUUGCAAUAUGUCAGAAAGAAAGAACAUUAAUAGGCACCUACAUAAUGAAUAUAAAAUGAGUGCCAGUGAACUAGAUAAAAAAUACAGCAUUGGAGAUUCUGAGGGGAAAAUAUCAGGCCUUAAGAGUCCCAGCAAAAAACAAUUAAACAAUAAAGAAGGUUUGCGGAGAUCUAGCAGUAAUUUUAAGGAGGAUGUAGAUUAUCCGAGAUUUAUGCCAGUGUUUAAAGAAUUCUCAGGUCCUAUGGGUUAUGAUACUUCAAGGACUGAUCUAGAAGCAAAAAAAUAUGAAAAACGUUCCAAGAACACUGCAGAUUGGUUAGGAUUGAAAGAUUCCCCAGAAAAGCCGCACCCUAUUGAGACUAUAUAUCAAAGUAAAAUCCGCUUGUCCCCUGAAGCUGAAGCCUCAUUAAGAGCUAGAGAUAGAACACUACAAAAUAAUAAUAAAAUUAAGAAGGAAAAAGAAGUGAUUGACACAAAUACAGUGUUACCAGCACCUGUCCCUCCAGUCCCUACCAUGAAGUCAAGAAACAGAAACAAAGGAAUUCUCAUGAAUGAACUAUUUGGUGAUGUUAAAAUGUCAAAUGAAGAACCUACAGUGAAAAUUGGAUUAGGUAGGUAUAAGCAUUAUAAAUAAAAGUGUUUUGAUAUAACUUGGUUU